AUGGGUAACGCAUGUUCUUGCAAAAAGAAGAAGAAGAACGAAAUAAUUGCACCGGCUACAAAAAAGCCGACACAAAUGAAUUAUCAGAAUAAGAAAUUGAAAAAGAAAUCAAAAAAGCAGCAGAUUAUUGUUGAAAAAGACCGGAAAAUCAUUCAAAAGGAGAAAGAGUUGUAUCAGGUUAUAUUCGACGCCGAAGGGUUCAGUGUACACGAUUUGGCAUUGUUAGGGCAGAAGACUUCACCGGAAUCUAUAUUUAGACAGGAUUUGAAACCAAGACGAAUGGGACGAGUGAAACUAAUCGAGGACUUGACACCCCACCUGACACCAACCAGUUCACGGACACCUGGAAAAUCAUCAAAAACCAACAAAAACCAAACGGCGGAAGAGAGUGCGUCGAAAGAGGAGUUCGAAGUGGACGAGGUGCUCGACUACGUUGAUGACUUGUAUUUGCAGUUAUGUGAGUGA